AUGCAGCCAUUGAUUCAAAAAGAUCUUUUAACUUGGUGUGAUGAUUUACAUCAAGUUAAAGGGAAUAUUUCUCAAUUGCAAGCCACUCUUAAUCAAAUCUUAACGAAAGCACCAAGUUUGGACCAAUAUAGAGAAUUAUCAACGUAUUUAGAUAAUCCAAACAAGGGUGAUGCGUCAAGUAUUAUCGACAAGACCAGGAAUUUCUUAAGCUCUUCACAAUUAAAAGUAGCGGUUAGAAUGAAAUUUUUGUAUGAUCAGGGAUUAUUGCCGUUUCUAUUGGCGUUAUCCCAGAUAAAUUUCAAAUCUGUGAAAUCGGAUAAGUUUGUGGGCUACUUGUUGGAUUACACGCCGCCGCGAGAUAUUGGGAGCAAUUUGGCGAAGGUAUUGAAGCAGAGGGUGAAUUCGGGCAAGCAGGUGAAUAUUGAGUCGUUUCCGCCGGUGUUGCCCCCAAUAUCGAAUGAGAGCUUGUUGAAUAAGAUUCUCACGGAUAAGUCGUUCAGACAGCCGGCAGAUUUUUUGGAGCUGAACGACGCUAACGACUUCAACCGGUCGCACAAUGCCAAGUUAGGGUUGAGAGGGAAGAGGUUGUUAGAAUUUGCAUUAAUCGAGAUAUUGGACGAGAAGCUUCCCGAUAUUCACGAGGACGAUUUGUACUACUUGCAGUUCAAAUUGGUGUCGACGUCCAUUCUCACUAAACUAGCAUUCGGAUAUAAUUUGGCGGAUAACUACAAGUUCCACUUUUCGAAGGAAAUGAAUCUAGAUGAUAAAUUGGCAAAAUUAAGUAACAUAUUCUUGGCGUACAUUGGAGGAUUGGCCUUGGAUGGGUAUUCUUUUGCAGAAAUCAAGUUAUGGAUUGCGAAAUUGUAUGAGCCCAUAAUACAAGAUUUCAAUGAGAAUAACGACACGUUGAAGCCAUUAAACAAAUUAGCAUUGAUCGAAUUGAGCUUCCUAUUCAAACAGGUAACAAACAUGUACUACAUACCACAGCAACAAACGACUCUCCAGUUCGAUACGUUGGAAACAGACCCGUACGUAGUGAAAUUGUCUAUAAACGGCCAGACGUUGGGUAUUGGUACCAGCAGCAUAGGUGUCGAGGAGGCCAAAGUCAGGGCUGCGUCGGAUGCCUUUUCCAAUAAGCAGAAAAUCGACGAUAUAAUAAGGAUCAUGAUCACGUCGUACGAAGAGCUGCAGAAGUCCAAACAGAACACUCCGGGACCUAUGUCUACAAACAGCAGCAACGACGAUGACGAUGACGAAGACUACAGCAAACACAACAAUGACAACGACUCGUUGACCGAAGAACCCUACUCGCCGAAAAUCGACUCCGAAGAAGAAUACGAGCCGUCGAUAGAAGGAAAUGCGGCAAUCAACCAAGUGAGUGCCCCAAGCCAGAGCCAAGACAAACAGCCCGCGGCCUACACCAAUGACAAAAUCCAUCCGCACCCCUACAGCACCUUCCCGGUUCCUCACCAAACACCCCAACCAUACGGAGCACCUCCUCCACCUCCACACCAAGCCCAGUUCCAGCAUCACCAACAUCCUCCUCAUCUCCCAAACCUCCCGUCGCUUCCUCCAUAUCCCGCAGCCGCACUAGAUGCAAAAUACCCCCUCGACAACAACGCCAAAAACACAUUGUAUGCCGUGCUAGGGUCCAACCACCUCACCCCGGUCUACAGAUUCAGCAAAGUUGGCAAUGACUUCCAGGUCUCCAUCUUGGUCAACGACAUAGUCAUUGGCACCAGCGUCGACUCCAACAAAAAGGCUGCAAGUCAACGGGCUGCAAUGAACGCCCUUUCCAACAAAUCCUUACUUAAUCAAUUAGGUGUGCAUAUUUAG